AUGUUGCGUGAUGUAUUUACUUCAGAAAAGGGAUCAGAGGGAAGCUCAUCCACCUCUCGUGGUGGCAAUCCACUCUCCGGUACAAUUAAUUCAACAUUUAAUAAUAUAAGACAACAAGAGGAUUUUUAUUCAAAUUAUCAACAGCAAGGUGGUUCAUCAUCGGGUGUUGGUUCUUCGAGUAGUCAUGAACAACAACCAUUUUCUCCCUUCCAAUUAUCUUCAUCAUCACAUUUAAAUAGUAGAAAUAAUAACAUGUCUGCAGUUGAUAGAAUCAAAAUGCGAGAGAGAAGUGAACGUAUUACAAGACACUUGUAUCCCGACUCACAAGCCACAGAUAUGAUUAAUGAACAAAAUUUAAAUUCAAGAUUUGGAGGAAUGAGUCUAGGUGCUGGUCAAAAUAAUUUACUCAAUUCUAAUAACAUGAUGAAUAUGAGUAUGGAAGAGAGUGAAAAUUCAAAUCUCUUCCUUCAAAAUCAUUCUAUUGAUUCAUAUAUUAAUUCACUUCAACAACAAUUAACAACUAUCGGAAAUCAUAUUAAUGCUGGAAGUAUUGAAUUACAUCCUCCAUAUACAUUCCUAACCUCUCACACCACAAAUCCCUACCUCCAACACCAAGAUCAUCAAUAUCAAAAUUUGUAUGAAUUGGCCAGAAAAUUCCUCUCCGAACAAAAUCAACAACAAACAUCCAAUACUACCAAUACAGAACAAGCCAUUUUGGCUUUGGAAGCUCAAGUCAUUUUGGAACCUCAUCAUGCAGAUGCUUGGUACCUGUUGGGUCAGUGUCAUGCAGAAUGUGAUGAUGAUGCAAGAGCCAUCUCAUGUUAUGCUGAGGCUGUCAAGCAAGAUCCAAAUCACUUGGAUGCUCUCGUAGAUUUGGGUGUUUCAAAUGCCAAUGAAUUACAAAAACACUUGUCACUCUUUUACUUGAAACGUUGGAUUUCUUCACAUCCAAUUUAUGCAAGUAUUGUUGGAGAUGUAUUCAAAGAUACAGAUAUUGGAGACCACUUAUCUGCAACAAUGGUAGACUUUUAUCAAAUUUAUUCAACUGUCAGACAGGCAUUCGAGAAGGUUGUAGAAGAAUCCCCAAGUAAGGAUGCUAAACUUCAUACUGCCCUUGGUGUAUUGUAUCACUUGGUAAAUGAUUUUGAUAAGGCUAUUAAUCAAUUCAAAAUGGCAUGUCAAUCCGAUCCAACCAAUCAUAGUUUAUGGAAUAAGCGUGUUGCUCACAGUAAUAGAGCUGAUUACGAGAACGCAGCCAAGUUCUACUUGAGAAGUCUCAAGUUAUGUCCAAGAAAUAAUAGUGUAUGGCUUUAUUUGAGUUUUGAUUUUAGCUGUCUGAAGAGAAAGGACCUGGUUGAAAAGUGUGAGUACAGAAAUGUAGAUCUUUUCAAGUCUGAUUUCCAAUUUUAA